AUGCAUUCCCGGGUACUACAACUACCACUGCGUACGCCUAUCUUAAGGCUUCCGAUUGCUGCCCGAUUGUCUGUUAGACAUGCCUCCACCGCCGCGCCCCAAACCCCUUCCGGUCGUUCGCGAUGGACCCGCCGUCUAAUUUACGCCAGCAUAUUUGGAGCUCUUGGAGUCGCAGCUGGCGGGGUUCUGGAUAGCAAGAUUUCAUUGCCUCCUCAGCCUGGAUCACCGGAGGACCAGAUAUUCAUGAAGGAAAUUCACCGUGUCUACGAACGGGGUCUCCCGAUCGUACAGGAGCUACGAAAUAACCCUGAUUAUGAGGAAUCGGGUGUAUACCAAGGCAUGCCGGAGACAAGCAAGGCCCAUCGAUUAACUUCAAGCGCAUUGGCUGGAAGUAGAGGAAUAGCAUUACAGAGAGUCUUCUCAAAUGACAAGGAGAAAAAGGUUGUCAGCGUGGUUUACCUCGGACCCGGUCUUGAAGGAUGGCCCACCAUGGUUCACGGUGGUGCUUUGGGAACUGUAGUUGAUGAGAAUAUGGGACGAGCAGCCAUUCGACACUUUCCCGAACGAACCGGAGUGACUGCUAACAUGAAUAUCAACUAUCGGCGUCCUGUUUACUCGGGACUUUUUUACACCUUCCACACACGGCUGGACCAGGAACGGAGCACGGACCGAAAGGCUUACACCAUUUGUGAGGUACGCGAUCUGACAGGCCAAGUCUGUGUUGAAGCCACGGGUCUUUUUGUCGUACCCAAGAAGUUCAAGCUUGCAUCCAUUGGGGACAAAUUCUAA